UUUUUUUCCGUUUUAAACAGUUUUUUUUCAUUCAUUGAUAUAAACAUCUAGUUCAAACAACAACAACCACAACUACGACCAAUCGAUUCGAUCCGCAUUCGGGCAUUGACUAUUCUUCUUCUUCUUCUUCUUCUUUUUCGUCUUCAUAAAGAUUGAGUUCAAAUUUUGAACCAGAAAACCAGUUUAUUGUAAUUGUGAUUAGAAAACUUUUUCAAUUUGCAGCUAUAUAACCAUUCAGGUCAUUUUAUUAUUCCAAACGAUGGCGUCAUUUUGGUUAUUAUUGAAUUUAUUAAUUUUUCUACAAUUAAUUGAUGAAAAUUGUGGACAAUUUAAUCAACCGAAUGGUAGAUCUAUACGAAAUCGUAAUCCAAUCACAACGGUUACAUCUUUAUUUCGGCAAAUGACCCAAGGUGAAAGCCAAGCUGGCCAGAAAUUAAAACAAUGGGCUUUAUUGAAUAAUGAUGAUAUGCAAAGGUUCAAUCAAACAUUGGAACGAAUCCUGGUACCAAGAGUUGCCGAUACUCCUAGUCAUGCUAUUGUUAAAAAUUUUAUUGUUGAUUAUCUGAAUAAUCUAGAAUGGCUGGUGGAACAAGAUGAAUUUGAAACAAAUACACCGAUUGGAAGGAAAAAAUUCACAAAUAUUGUGGCCACUUUGAAUCCACAAGCUUGUAAACGAAUAGUAUUGGCUUGUCAUUAUGAUUCGAAAUAUUUUGCUGAUUUCGAUUUUCUUGGUGCAACCGAUUCAGCUGUACCUUGUACAAUGAUUUUGGAAUUGAUUCGUAAACUGAACAAGGAGUUGAAACGACAUAAAUCUUUGAAUGAUGAUGUCACACUGCAAGUGAUUAUGUUUGAUGGUGAAGAAGCAUUCCAUCGUUGGUCGCAAGAUGAUUCCCUUUAUGGAUCACGACAUCUGGCUGCACGUUUGAAUUCACUAUCUUCUCGAUCCAAUUUAUGUCCAAGAGGUGUUGAUACCGAAUUGGAUCGAAUACAAGUAUUAAUUCUAUUGGAUUUGAUCGGCGAAUCAAGUCCACGGUUUUGUUCAUUUUAUCGUUCUACACAAAAAAUGUUUGAUCAUUUAGAAAGAAUUGAACGAAAAUUGAAUCGUAUGAAAUUGUUGGAAACACGUCGAUCAAGUGGUACAAAUUAUUUUUCCCGAUGUUCAUUUUCUACAUCCGAAAUUGAAGAUGAUCAUGUUCCGUUUCAAAAAUUGGGCGUCAAAAUUCUACAUAUCAUUUCGACACCAUUCCCAUUGAAUUGGCAUCUAGAAGGUGAUGAUGGUCGUAAUCUUCAUCAUCCUACCAUUAAUAAUCUUAUGAAAAUAUUUCAAAUCUUUAUUUUGGAAGAAUUGAAAUUAAUAUGAAAACCAAAAUAAAAAACACACACCCACAUACACACGAAAUCAAUGCAUAAUUCAAAUCAGUAAAAAUCAUUCAUUCCAUUCA